AUGAAGGACAACGACUCUGCUACCCUCUCUCUCCCACACGACGACGAUCACUCGCAACUCGAAAGCAGUCAAUCCGUACCCAGCAACAGAAUGGUUUCCAGAUGUUCCCGUCUUGCCUGUUCGGUUGGCUGCUUUUCCUGUCUGCUGAUUGUGGGCAUUGUGUGUUUAGCAUUGGGUGUCCAGGGCUUUUUCACCUUUCAUGAUCCCUGUGUCGGAGUCUAUUCCUUGACCAUUAAAGAUUUGGAUUUGGGAUCCAAUGGGGAUGCCACCAGUAGCAAUGCCUUGUGGGGAUUCCUCGAUUCCAUCACGGGUGGAGCUGCCAGUGAUGUCCUUCCCACAACGGCGACAAUGACAUUGGAGAUGAUCAUGGAGGUCAACAACACCAAUCCAUACGACCUGGACUAUGAACAAAGGGAAGAAGGAACCAUUGUCAUUCCCGCCACCAGCAUGGAAUCUUCUUCGGACAAUAAUGACGACCUGGCCAUGUCCUUUCCACCGGAAAGUGACGCCGACUUGGUCAUUGGCACUUGGAAAGUCCCAGAGGCUACAUUGAAGAAAAAGGCACGCAAUGAAAUCCCCGUCACCAUUACGACCGAAAUUGACCUGUUGGGUGGUGGCACCUUUGAUCUCGCCGGACGAUUCAUGUCGGGUGGAGCCUUUUUGUUUCGCGUCAAGGGAGGGAUUGAAGGAUCCAGUUGGGUACCUGGAAUGACCGGGAAAACGUCCUUUCUCUGUCUCGCCAGACUGGAUAACAUUCUCAACUUUGGGGAAGAUGCCAAUGUCAAAUGUCGGCAUUCUACCAAAGUUGGAAACCUUGUGAAUAAUGAUGGAGACUUGGAUUUCAGAGGUGUGGGAGACUUUAUGGAUGAUGAAGAAGAUGUGGAUCCAGCAUGUUUGGUUUAG